CAUGGCCGCGCUGCGGCUGCUGGAGAAGCUGCCGCCGGGCCAGGCCCUGGAGUUCCUUCACGGAGUGAUCGACGGCGUGUGCGGGCGCGCGUACCCGCGGUACCGGGACUACGGCGGCGUGUGGAGCGUGGCCGAGUGGAUGGAGGUUCUGCAGGGAACGGGGGCGCACUUCAGAAACGCCGUGGGGAAAGGCGCGUCCGAGGAAGAGGCUGCUGAACAGUUGAAUGAGCUAAAUUCAAGCUGCCAAGAAGCGAUCACAAAGUGCCUGAAAAGCAGAAAGGAAGAAAUCAGGAAUGCAUUAGUAGAAAGAGUAAAYGCAAUCUCUUCUGCCCAGCUGCAGGAUUUUGACUGGCAGUUAAAGCUUGCUCUCUCCAGUGACAAAAUCUCCAUGCUGCAAAUGCCACUUCUCAAUCUUGAUUUAGAUGUGAGAGAGAAUGGUGAAAUUAAGCCAAUCUCUAUAGAAAUGAACAAGGAGGAGUUACAGAACCUAAUAAAUGCAUUGGAAGCUGCUAAUAAGGUUGUAUUGCAGCUGAAGUGAGGAUAUUCAGCUAGCUGGCAGCAUCUGCCAAUGCUGGUUCCACAAGUGACCUGGAAAAAUGAUAGACACACUUUCUACAAAGUCAAAAGCUCUUGAUGCAAUAAAAUAUUGAACUGAGCAGGUAGUAUUGACUUGUGAUCAAAUAAACUAUUACUCAUUUGAAAGCAGAAACCUCUUAGAUCUGCUAGAGUCGAAUUAUCUAAAUCAAAUAUACAGUUGCUAUCAGUACCGAAAUAAUAUAUAGCUAGAAUGAURUAACCAUUGUUAAAAUGUACACUUGCAUACAUGAUUUUUGUUAAAUUUUGGGGGCAUUUGUGCAUUUUUGUAGAAGACCUAAGGCACCCCUUUGUGUAA